AUGGCUCUACAAGGAAGAAAGCUAAUGAAACCUAAAAAACAGGUCGCCUUAAAAUUUAAAACCCUAACUUUAACCUUAGCACUAGCUACUGGAAUUAAUAUCACUAAUGGUUUUGCUACUGAAGCAACAGAUGCCGAAAAAGUAACAGCUUUUGGUGCAGCAGUAGAAGAUUUUUUAAAGGAUUAUAAAAGCACAGUAAUUUUUAAAUCUGUUGAAGGCACUGGUGUAAACGAAGGUAAAGCAUCUGUAGCUGGUGCCAAAGGUGUUUAUAAUGCUACUGGUGGUGGUACAUCUACGCCAGCAGUCCUAGGUAUAACAGGUGGCAUAGAUUUAAAAGGAGAUAGACUUCAAUCUUUAGCUACCAGUGCUACAGCUUUAGAUGAAGCUACAGGUGCAGUUGCUAAG